AUGUCUGACGCCACUUUGUUCCUUCGAAAGCGAAAGGACAAGGAUAGACGAGCAAGAGUCCCCUCUCGACCUGUCGGUGGACCUCCAGCUGGUCCGUCGCACAACGCACCUUCUCCAUCCACUUCUGCUGGUUCAGCAUCUCGUCCAGCAAACGGUAUCGCAUCAUCUUCCGGUAUAUCCAAUGUAAAAUCUGAACCCAACAUCAAUGGAACCAAACCCAAUUCCAAUAUAACUGAAAUCAAGAUCUUCUCUUCCGGUUCAAGUUCAGGCUCGAGGUUUAAUUUCAUGAGAUUAAACAGUGAAAGAGAUAUGGAUCCUACACAAAUAACGAAACCUGUUCUGUUAAAUCGUAAAAGACCUGGACCUAAACAACCGCCUUUAUUCGCGACUGACGAACAAGGGAAAAUCAUUGGGAAAUUCGUCUAUGAUUCCGAGGGCAAACCAGUUUUAGAUAAUGAAGGUAAACCAGUUAUCGAAAAAAGGCCAGAAGGAAUGGAUAUGUCUCUAGUAGGUCAAGCUCCUGAUGGCGUAAACAAUAACAGUCAAGUCGGUCAAGCUCCAGGGAAGAAAAAAAUGAAAAAAGGUACAAAAGAAGUAUUUCAUCAGGAUAUCGAAGUAAUGAGAUUAAGAAGAGAAGAAGCCGUUCCAUGGGUUCUAGAAUCCGGUAAACCGAAAGAGAAAUCCGUUAUACCAGAACAUUGGGUUGGAAGAAUGCAAGAACCUUCAGCUUUACCUACUGUUCUCCUUAUAAAUGAUGGUACAGGUGAAGGAUUCGAAAUGGUUCCUUUGGGUAGAACUUAUCGGUUCGAUCCUGAAAGACCUUUCAAACCAUUAGAUUCAGAUACGGCUAUAAAAUUGUUCGAACACCAAGCCAAGCAUAAAAUCCACGAUCGAUGGGCACUUCGACCGGAAGGGUCAAAUAACGUGGUGGCACCUGAAUCUUUCGUGAACGGUGUCAAAGCUGAACGAGAUCUGGAACAAAGGGCUACGAGAAUGGAAGGUAGAAUCAGAUUACUCAAGGGCGUAAAUGUGGACAGAAAACCCAAAGUUGAAAGGUACGAGGACGACUAUGCAAAAGACGGUAGAAGAGCUGAGCGAGGUCUCGAAGGUGGAAUAGAUGAAGAAUUAGAUUUCGACGAAGCUGAACAUUUCCAAGAUGAUGAUGACGUUAAUACAUUCUAUCGAAAUGUCGAAGAAGAAGAUGAAGCUAAGGAAGCUGAAGAACAGCAAAAGAAAGAGUACAGACUCGCAAAUGCAAACGUCGGUGAUAAACCUCAGAUUGCAGAGGAUGACGACGAAGAAGACUUGUUUGGUGAGAAAAAGGUUUUAGACGAUGAGGGCAAAAAAUUGAGGAAGAUCAUGAAGAAAAGAAGAGAAGAAAAUGAUGAAGACGAUCUGUUCGACGAUGAAGAAGACGAAUCGGAUUCCGACGCGGAAAGUGUGAAUAGUAAAACAUCUCAAAAUAAGGAUAAAGACAAGGACAAAGAUCCUAAAUCUACCGUCGAAGAUAGAUCAUCUCGACCACCUUCUCGUGGACCGGGAUCAAGAGGCACUUCAUCACCGACUGGUAAAAGACCUAAUGCGCAUAUGUCUGGCAAAGCCGCCACUGCGCCCCCUGGGUCAGGAUCAGCUCUACUUGCUCAAAGAGCAGCUUCUAGAGGUGCUUCGCCUCGUCCUUCUGGAGGUGCAAGAGCUGGUAGUCCUCUGUCGGGAAGAGCUGCAAGUCCUGAAGGAAGAGCAGCAUCUCCUCCAAUGAUAAGAGGUAAUUCGCCCGUUCCUUUGCGAGGAGCUUCUCCUGCUCCAGGACAUGGUGCAACAAGAGGAUCGAGUCCCGUUUCAGGACCUUCAACAAGAGACGCUUCACCCGCUCCCACAUCCGGUUCUGGUUCUGGUAAACCUUCCAAAACAGGUAAAAGGAAAACGACAUCAGAAUCACCUGGACCCUCUGGACCUUCCGGAUCGGGUUCAGCUAAUCCAUCCCCUUCAUCGAAGAGAAAAACAUCACCUGCAAAUUCUGUUGAACCAACUAACCGACCAGGUAAAAAAUCUAAAAAAGGUUCAAAUACACCUACACCUGCACCUGAAGAGAUGCCUUCCUUCCAGGGAAUGAUAACGAAACAAGAUGUUUUGGAUUGGUUCAGAUCACUUCAAAAGGAUACAGUACCAAUGUCAGAAGCCAUCGGUGCUUUCAGAAGUAGAAUUAUGAACGCUGGUAAAAACAGAGAAGCGAAUCAAAAAUUGUUCUUGGGUUGGAUGAAAUUGUUAGCUGAUCAAGAAGAGAAGAUGCUGAGACUUAAAGAUGAGUAUCGAUGA